AGCCGGGCCGGGGCCGCCGACCAGCAGCCGGGGAGGACGCCGGGGCGCGCGCCGCACUCACCCACCCUCAGCCCCCGCGGCAGCCGCUGACCCGCCACUAUGGCCCGCGGAAAAGCCAAGGAGGAGGGCAGCUGGAAGAAAUUCAUCUGGAACUCGGAGAAGAAGGAGUUUCUGGGCAGGACCGGCGGCAGCUGGUUUAAGAUCCUUCUGUUCUACGUGAUAUUUUAUGGCUGCCUGGCUGGCAUCUUCAUCGGAACCAUCCAAGUGAUGCUGCUUACCAUCAGCGAAUUCCAGCCCACAUACCAGGACCGGGUGGCCCCCCCAGGAUUAACACAGAUUCCUCAGAUCCAAAAGACUGAAAUUUCCUUUCGCCCGAACGACCCCAAGAGCUAUGAGGCAUAUGUGCUCAACAUAGUUAGGUUCCUGGAGAAGUACAAAGAUUCAGCCCAGAAGGAUGAAAUGAUUUUUGAAGAUUGUGGCAAUGUGCCCAGCGAAAUCAAGGAACGGGGAGAAUUCAACAACGAACGGGGAGAGCGGAAAGUGUGCAGGUUCAAGCUCGAGUGGUUGGGAAAUUGCUCCGGAAUAAACGAUGAGACUUACGGCUACAAAGAGGGCAAACCGUGUGUCCUCAUAAAGCUCAACCGAGUUCUGGGCUUCAAACCUAAGCCUCCCAAGAAUGAGUCGUCGGAGGCGUACCCAGUGAUGAAGUAUAAUCCCUACGUCCUGCCCGUCCAGUGCACCGGCAAGCGAGACGAAGACAAGGACAGAGUUGGGAACGUGGAGUACUUCGGCCUGGGCGGCUACGCCGGCUUCCCCCUGCAGUACUACCCCUACUACGGCAAGCUGCUGCAGCCCAAGUACCUGCAGCCCCUGCUGGCCGUGCAGUUCACCAACCUGACCAUGGACACUGAGAUCCGCAUCGAGUGCAAGGCGUUCGGUGAGAACAUCGGGUACAGCGAGAAGGACCGCUUCCAGGGACGCUUUGAUGUAAAGAUUGAAGUUAAGAGCUGAUCGCAAGCACAGAUCCUUCCCACUAGCCAUUUAAAACAGUUAAAGAUACAAAAACAAACACCUACUAGUCUUGAAUAAACUGUCAUACGUAUGGGACCUACACUUAAUCUCUCUGCUUUACACUAGCUUUCUGCAUUUAAUAGGUUAGAAUGUAAAUUUAAAGUGUAGCAAUAGCAACAAAAUAUUUAUUCUACUGUAAAUGACAAAAGGAGAAUAAAAAUUGAGCCUUGGGACGUGCCCAUUUUUACUGUAAAUUAUGAUUCCAU